CUGACACGAGAGAGAGGAGCGGAGGGGACUGAACAGCUGACCAGCUCGCGUGAAUUUUAAAACCGCGAGCUAUGGAAACGCGUGAGAUCUUUUUGUUCACCUUCAUCGUCUCUCACUACAUCUGCAACAUCAUCUUCGUCUCGUGGGUUUUUAACUGGGGGAUGCCCACAGAUAUCAGCAACUAUGGAUUGCUUAAUUGAAGUUGGGCCACCUGAUCCUGUUUGCGCCAGGACAACCGACCAGCAUUAGAGUAGUGAAGUCGUUAUGGACAGUUGUGCAAAUCGUGCAUUUCCUGAUCAGAGAACUGGUGUGAAAAGCAGAAUCACAUCCUCAGGAUACCCCUUCUAUCUGCGCGUAAAGGACAUGGACAUAACGGUUCCACUCAGCGCUGCUUGAAACACUCUGCGCUAUGUUCUAGCAACUCUAAGGAAAUGUUGUAGUUAGAUUAGACAUAGACAGAAUAGACAGCGCGUGCUUGUGCGACUGUCCAGCUUCUGCCGGCUUUGAUGUGAGAGCUGCGCCCAGCUUUUAGUGCGCGCGUACCGGCUGUGCGCUUCAGCUGUAGCCGCUCCAUUACCACAGGCGAUCCACCAAGACAAGACCUGUGAUCUUCUGACAGGCAACAGGCCUCAUCGACUACUGUGCAAGGUUUUCCCUGAAAAUAUCGCGUCAAGUCCUUUCAAUUUGAACUUUCACUGCAAACCAAGAGAGUUUUUAAAGCUGCAUCGAAGUGCACCUGUGUGGCAGGAGUGAGCCAUGGCUUUACCAGAUAGUGGCAUAUCUGGGGAGGAAGUGCCCUUCCCUGAGAUUAUAGAACUCAAUGUUGGUGGCCAGGUGUAUAUAACCCGCUACUCUACCCUCACGAGCGUGCCAGAUUCUCUUCUAUGGGAGAUGUUCAGCCGGAAGUCAGCCAAAGGAUUGGCCAGGGACACCAAGGGUCGCUUUUUUGUGGACCGUGAUGGUUUCCUGUUCCGUUACAUCUUGGACUACAUGCGGGACCAGCAGCUGGUUCUUCCAGAUCAUUUCCCGGAGCGCGGGCGUCUGCAGAGGGAGGCUGAGUUCUUCAAUCUGCCAGAGCUCGUCAAGCUGCUGGCACCUAAAAUCAGCAAGCAGAACUCCCUGGGCGACGAGGGAUGUCAGAGCGACCCAGAGGACUCCUCACCUGGGAUUGACACGGCCCGUAACCUCGGCUCCCUGGGUGCUGCUGCUGCCGCCUGUGCCAGCCUGGUGCCCGGGGCUAUGGAUGGCAAACGGUCCGGGUUCAUCACAAUUGGUUACAGAGGCUCGUACACCUUAGGCCGUGACAGCCACACCGAUGCAAAAUUCCGCAGAGUGGCACGGAUCAUGGUGUGUGGGAAGACCUCCCUGGCCAAAGAGGUAUUUGGGGAGACGCUGAACGAGAGCCGUGACCCUGACCGCCCCCCUGAGCGCUACACAUCUCGCUACUAUCUCAAGUUCACCUUCCUGGAGCAGGCUUUUGACAAGCUGGCUGAUGCAGGCUUCCACAUGGUGGCCUGUAACUCCACAGGAACCUGCGCCUUUGCCCAUGAGCAGACGGACGACAAGAUCUGGACCAGCUACACUGAAUAUGUAUUCUACCGUGGUUCAUCAGUAAAUUCCAAGUUGAUGACCUCUGACCCCCCAGCUCUCACAGAAGUGGAGACCUUUAAACGAGCUGCUGUGGAGCCCAGCAGCUCUGGCCGAACCCAAAGCCUUCCAGAAACCAGCAGCGUCACGACGCUGGACCUACGAAACCCAUUGCCCCUGGACUCUCCUCCUCCUCUAACACCUCCUCUUCCUCCACCGCCUCCUCCCCCUACAGACAGCCCUGACCUCCCACCUCUCUCACCUCCAGUCCUGCCUCCGCCUCUGCCAUCAUCCAAACCCUCGUCUACCUCCAGCCCUCCUCCUCCUGCCCCAACGCCGCCUCCCGCAGAGAGCCCCCAGCGUCCCACCACCCUCAACCUAAAGACACUGCCGCGUCCCUCCGUAAGGGAGAACGGCGGCCCCCCGCUCGGGGUGGAUGAGGACGAAGAGGAGAGGAAGCUGCUGGAGGAGGAUCUGAAGAAAUGCAUCGAGGACUUCAAAAAGAUUCGCUUGCCCAGAGUGUUUCCAGAUCGCAAGAGGCACUGGCAAAGUGACUUGCUCAAGAAGUAUAAUGCGUAGAGACCUUUGCUGUGGCAACAUGGUGGCAACAAAUUUGACAGGGAUUUUAUAACAAUGGCGAGAACAUGUUGUGAGCAGUGGACUCCCGCUUUAUAUAUUCACAGCAAGUUUACUUAAACCUCUAAUGUAGUAGCUCUUGCAUGUCAACAGAACAAAAUUGAUAAAGUGUAGUGUUUAGGCUGUGUAGAAAUAAACACAAGAUUAAAAUACUAAGAUUUGUCUUUUCCCAUCAUCAUUAGAAAUUGUUAGUGACACCACAUGUUCCACAUACCGCUGUAUGG